GUGCCCUCAAGGGCGGGAGAGGUUUGUUUUGGAUUUUUUUUUCGCGAUUCAAACACGCUUUUGCCUUCUACAAUUCUUUAACACCAGCAUUAAGUAGCACUACAUACUACCGUUUUAAUUUGUGAGUGUUUUACUAGAUUAGCAAAUGCGGUAUUUAUUCAUGGUGUGAGUUUUAGACUGAUAGUUUGCGUUAGAAAGAGAUUCAUGUGCCCGAAGGACGGGGCUCAUAGUAUUGCAACAUGGUGUGUAUUCUUGUCUAGCCGCUAAAAUGUCGUUUUGUAUCGUUUGCGAAGCUGCGUGUAUGUUUGGAAGUGGGACAGGAUGACCAAAGUCCGAAGGUUGUGUCACUGCCUCAGCGACCCAAUACAAUUCGGCGUUUAUUCGCACCCGCGCGAUGGAGUCUUGCUGUAAACGACCCCCAAUGUGACAUAUGAAAAGGGAUACCCAGUUACCUACGAUGGGGACUCCGAGGAAUGGUUUAAAAAAGGAACGAUUUAUUUUGUCUGUGGACGUGGGCACGACUUCGAUCCGGUGCCACGUAUACGACAAGAAGGCAGAAAUACGUGGCUCGUGCCGUCAAGAGGUGGUACCGUUAUAUCCAGAGGAAGGGUAUGUGGAACUUGACCCAGAGGCACUGUGGAAAAGCUUCAUGUUUGUGGUGAAGGGGGCCGUCAAAGAUGCCGGAGUACAAAUGUAUCAAAUGGAAGCUUUGGGCAUCUCUACCCAGCGAGCUACCUUCACAACGUGGGACAGAAGAACUGGCAUUCCUUUCCAUAAUUUCAUCAGUUGGCAGGACCGGAGAGCAGCAGACUUGGUCACAUCCUGGAACCGAUCAUGCACCUUGAAAGCGAUCCAUGGCGUGAUGAAAGUGCUGCACUUCGUGACCAGGCAUAAGCGGUCACUUGCGGCAAGUCUGAUUGUCUUCUCCACUCAACAUGUCACCUUCCGCCUUGUUUGGGUCCUGAAACACAACAAACAGGUUACUCAAGCUGUGGCCGAAGGCAACUGCUGUUUUGGGACAAUCGACACCUGGCUCUUGUUCAAACUCACAAAAGGACUGAUUCAUGCCACAGACUACUCGAAUGCAAGUUCAACGGGAAUUUUUGAUUCCUAUCAGAUGUGUUGGAGUCAGAUGCUCUGCUCUCUGGUCUCCCUGCCGAUCUCCAUUUUCCCCAAAGUAGAAAAUACAGGAUAUGCAUUUGGUUCCACUGACCCGUCCAUCUUUGGAGUACCCAUUCCUAUAAUGUCAUUGAUGGCGGACCAACAGGCCGCCAUGUUUGGAGAGUGCUGCUACAAUGUGGGUGAUGUGAAGAUCACCAUGGGAACAGGUACCUUCAUGGACAUCAACACCGGCAGCACACCUCACACGUCCGUAAAUGGUCUCUAUCCACUGGUGGGAUGGAAACUUGGCCCGGAAGUGGUGUAUCUGGCUGAGGGUAACGCAGCAGAUACCGGCACCGCCAUCAAAUGGGCACAGGCCCUUGAUCUCUUCUCCAAAGUGGAGCAUACCAGCCCAAUGGCGUACAGCGUGAGUGACUCAAAUGGUGUGUGUUUCGUCCCAUCUUUCAGUGGCCUGCAGGCUCCUCUGAACGACCCGAAAGCUUGCGCUUCCUUCAUGGGCCUCAAACCUUCCACCACUAAAUGUCACCUGGUCCGUGCCAUUUUGGAGUCCAUUGCCUUCAGAAACAAGCAGCUUUAUGAGACCGUGCUCAGAGAGACCGACAUUCGCAUCACAAAGAUCAGGGUGGACGGCGGGGUUUCCUCAAAUCAUUUCAUCAUGCAGCUCACCGCAGACCUGUUGGGUAGAAAGCUAGAACGAUGCCGGCACCAUGAAAUGUCCUGCUUGGGGGCUGCCUUUGUAGCCGGUCUUGGUGUGGGCUACUGGCAAACUUGUGAGGAGCUGACAAAGCUGCACAGUGCAGGUGACAUCUUUUGCCCCAAAGGAGCGUCCGGUGACUGUGCCGGCUCAGUGUACGGGCCCAAUCUCCAGAGAUGGGAACGAGCUCUCCGACGCUCCAUGCAUUGGUACAACUAACCGUGACACGGAAUCCUCUCACUGGACGAAAGACGCUGAAACCUGAGCCGCUCUUUGAGGAAGUCUGAUUGUGCUCUGCCAUUAUGUCCGGAAAUACUUGAAAGCGCGAGAGGGCCCAUUUGGCGACCACACAAUAACUCUUAAGCUCACAAAGAUGUGAUUAUCACAUCACACAAAUGACACCUCAGGUUAUAGUAUUUAAUCGAAAUGAACUCAGACUUGCCUUUUUUCCCCCAAACGGGGGUGCUAACAUGAGGCACUUAUCUGUUUUAACCUUAGGGAGCCCCAAACGUGCCAUAGGAGGAAAAAAAAACAUGCCCACAAUAUAGUUAGAAUGUGCGCACAAAAUACAAAUUUGUGGCAGCAAAACACUAAAUUGUAAUCAAGGUGCGCUUGAUUUUCUGACCUAACUUCCUGUAGCAGAGAUAUUACCAUACACUCUGUUCACCUCAAUUUUCAUCAGUCGCUUGAUAGAUCUUUUUUUUUUUGUAGCCAGGAACCUCACAUCAAAGCAUCAUUACAUAAAUUAGAAAGUCACCCCUCCCGUCAGUGCCGUCCACCCGAGGCAAAAUACAUUUCCACUUGUGACCAAUGACAGGAAUGCAGAAACCCCCCCAGGUUUGUUACAACGGAAAGAAAAACAAAAUCUUGUUUUCUAUAUGUGGUGUUUCAUUUUUGCUCGAAUCUAAUAGUGAUUUCUUUCUGUGCCUUUUGUCUGUGAGUGUCUAUACAACCUGGGUUGGCUGGAAGUGAGGCCAGUUUGAGCAUUUAUUUGAUAUCCAUCUUAAGGUCACGUUUUUUUUUUCACCCUCGACCGACUACCACUCGUGCAACAACAUGUUAUCAGUGAGGCCAAACUGCAUUCGUUGGCAUUAGUCCAAAAGUGACACGAGUCAUGAAAAAAGUUACUAGUGCACUGAAUUGCCUUACAGAGAUCAAUGAGCAUACUAGUACACUUUCAGAUGGAUAUUAAGGAUAUCAAAGAAAUACUCAAACAGCUUGCCAUAUACCAGCACAAGUAAUUUUUAAUAUUUGGACCCAAACCUGCAAGCGAAUUAGGUAACGUGCCUGAUGGAGCCUUUGGAAGCCAUUUCCUGCCAUCUGUUAAUAAUUUAAAAGCAGAAUGUGACUCAAUGUAUGUGCGCUUUGACGGAGUUUAAGGGCUGCUGGGAGCUGGCCGCUUGAGCGUGUCUGCGUUAUUGUGCUUUCAAACGCAACAAGCCAGCCUGGCGCUGACCUCGCACGCCCUUGCAGACACACUCGUUCGCCUGUCUAAUGUUGUUGCUUUUUAAAUAGAACUGUGACUAAAAAAAAAAUGUAUUUUUGUUUCACGCUAAAUAAAAGAUUUUUAAAUCAAAA